AGACUUGGAGCGGCUCUCAGCGCGGCACAUAAACACACACAGCCCGGGCGCAGAGUGCGAGCUGAGCGCGGCACGGCUCCUCUCCGCUCCCACACGGACUUACUUCACUCUUACUGAGAGCAAAAAAGAAAAGAAAAGAGAAGGAGAACAGAGAGAGAGAGAGUUACAUUUCUGAUGAAAACUCAUCGACUUUGGCGUCUUUAAGACCAACUUCCAUUCAAGUUGCCGUUUGCCUGUUUUUUCUCUCUCUUUGCAAACUUCUGCUGGAUAUGCACAGGGAAUUAUUAGGGCUCUAACAACAUAUGUAAAGACGGAACCGCUACAGCAAACAACCCCCGGUUCGGAAGAGCGCGUGCAGCCGAGCUGUGAGUCCCAGGACACUUGCAGCGCCGCGCGACCUCAAAGAGCAUCAGCAUUAGAGCCCCGUCGCGUGCCCGUCCCGCGCGCCACACCGAGCACGAUUCAGCGAGCAAAGGGUCCGCCAGAUCUAUGGCAUUGUGACAAUGAGCAGGCGAGCACAGUUAUUGGAGCAGCUGCGUUUUGUCCAUCUAAAAUGCACUCCUCGAGACAUGCCCUGCGUCCAGGCCCAGUACGGCCCUGCGCCCCCCGGGUCCAGCUACUCCGCCCAGUCGUUCGGUUACCACAGCGACUACAGCGCUGACCUCAUGGCGACGGACUACGCCAAGUGCGAGCUGGGCGGGGGUGAGAUUUCGGCAGCCGCCGCCACUACCUCGCUGCCAAGCUUCAACGUGUUUGUGGAGGGCGGCUUCGAGCCCAAGCCUUCCUGCCUGUACCAGCUGCCCCCUCAGCGGCCCACCAUCAAGAAGGAGGAGGAGAGCUACCCUCCAAUGGCUGUUUCGGACGAAGCUAUGAGUGGCUCCAUGUACUUUAAGCAGUCUCCGCCUUCCACACCCCCAACCCCACUGCACCCCGGACCACCAGGGGCGUCCUCCUUUCUUUGGGACGAGCCCCAUGCCCUGCCGCCCGUCCCCCAGCCCUGCAUCAUGGAGGGUGCUCUGAAGGGCCCGCGUUUUCCACACUUCUACGAGCCCCCAGCCCCCUCCUCCAGCGGCUACGAGGGACCAAUGGGCCUGCCGCUCCGUCCUGAGCGCUCUCCUUCAUCGUCCUCCUCCUCUUCCUCACACCCACCACCCAGCCUGGACACUCAUGCGCACAGUCAUACGCAUCCGCACAUGUACCCGCUGAACAUGGGCAAACCCAGCAGCCUGGCCUUCCGCUCGCUGGGCAUGGGCCCGUGCCCUCCCUCGUUGCUGGGCGAGAGCCUGCCGUCCCCGCCCAGCCGAGCCAGCUCCGGGGAGGGCACGUGUGCCGUGUGCGGAGACAAUGCUGCCUGUCAGCACUAUGGGGUCCGGACAUGCGAGGGCUGCAAGGGCUUCUUUAAGAGGACAGUGCAGAAGAACGCCAAGUACGUGUGUCUGGCCAGUAAAAACUGCCCUGUGGACAAAAGGAGACGGAACCGCUGUCAGUACUGCCGCUUCCAGAAGUGUCUGAGUGUGGGCAUGGUGAAGGAAGUGGUGCGCACAGAUAACCUGAAGGGGAGGAGAGGUCGUCUGCCGUCCAAACCAAAGAGUCCGCUCCAGCCCGAGCCAUCACCUCCCUCACCCCCCCUCAGCCUGCUCAACGCUCUGGUCAGAGCCUACUCCCAGUCCAUACCCCGAGAACUGGACUACAGCCAGUUCAGCGAAGUAGAGACGGGUGGUCUUGCCGAGGCUCAGCAGAUUCAGCUGUUCUACAGGGUGCUGACCGGCUCCAUGGAGGUCACACGCUGCUGGGCAGAGCGACUGCCCGGAUUUUCAGAGCUUCACCACGACGACCAGAACCUGCUCAUAGACUCCGCCUUCUUGGAGCUGUUUGUGCUCCGCCUGGCCAACAGGUCGUUGUUGGCAGAGGAGAAGUUUAUUUUCUGCACAGGGCUGGUACUCCAUAGGCUGCAGUGUCUGCGAGGCUUCGGAGAAUGGCUCGACUCCAUCAGGGACUUCAGCUCCCACCUUCAGAGUCUGAACCUGGACUUACCGGCCUUCUCCUGCCUGUCCGCCCUAGUGCUGCUCACAGAGCAAUGUCCUGGCCUCAAAGAGCCCAAGAAGGUGGAGGAGCUGCAGUCCAAACUCGUCUGCUGCUUGCGGGAACACCUCAGCUCCAGCGGGGCCGGGGGCGUGGCUGCUGCAGGCAAGGCCCCUCCUCCCGUGGCUGCCGUGCUGGGCCUGAGGGCAGAACUCCGGUCUCAGCGCACUCAAGGCCUCCAGAGGAUCUUCUACCUGAAGCUGGAGGAUUUAGUCCCGCCCCCUCCGCUCAUCGACAGGUUCCUGGACACACUGCCCUACUGAUGGCUCAAAGACACGCCCAUAAAGCUUACAGACACACCCACAAAAGCUCACUGAGACACGCCCAUGGCGGCUAUGCGGAUGCAUCACUGAGGGGCGCAGCCUGUUGUCCAGAGAGACUCACGAACUACAUUUCCCAUGAGUCUCUAGUGUGACUUUGGUGGCACAGGAGCUCUGCCAGAGAAGAGCUUUUUUCACUUUGGCUCUGCAUUGGAAAAUGUAGAUGAAUGAUUGUGUGGGAGUGUGUGUGUGUAUGUUGGGGUGGGGAGCAGAGUUGUUCUUUUGGACUAUGGUUCAAUGUGUCAUGGGAAAUGAGCGCGUAUGUGUAUGUGUGUGUGUUUGAGGGAGAGAGUGUGGAAGGAAGUUUCUUUUUUAGUAAGAAAGCCGACAGAAUACUUCACUGUCAUUCAUCUAGACUAUGAGGGCAACAGCUGUUUAAUCACACAUGCACACACAUACCUGCUCUUUUGCGGGAGUGUGGUAAGGGAAUACUCCAAUAUUUUUUUAACCUGAUCUGUACUAUACGGUGGAUUACUACGGACAAUAAUUCCAAUGCGUUUCCUUGUUCUUAGGAAAGAACACACUUUGCUCAAAGACUCAAGACCAGUGACAUAGCCAGAAUUUCAUUUUAGGAGAUAGGCUUGAGCUGAUUGACGAUGGUAUUUGUAACUGCUAAUAGAUUGUAUCUAUCGCGAUGGCUACAUGAUUCUUGUAAUCUGUGUUUCCUUUUAACUUAUAGUUCAUGUCCUAUGUCAGUUCUGAUACACUGUCUGGAUUCUAUAGCAGUACGAGGCAGCACUUUUUGUUACUAUGGUCGUGCUAACAAAAAAGAUAAAGCUGUGCUGCAGCCUUCCACACCUGGAAUAUUUUUUUUUUUUUUUGUGAAACAUGAACUGAAUGACAUUAUGAUUCUGUCAAAGUUGUUAAAAACUAAAAAAAUAGAGCCUAAUAAUAGUAACAGGCUACAAUAACAUAAGGCUGUUGGCAAACUAGCACAACAAGCUUUAGCCAUGUCAUUAAUUUAAUGAUUUAUAGGCUGUUAGCAAGUGAAAAAGUUACUCUCUUUUUUUAAUUUUAUCAAAUUAUCUCCCCAGUUUAGUCAACCCAUUAGCUAAGUCUCCCUUUAUCAUAUCAUGCUACCAAGCUAGGAGGGCAAAGACUAGCACAUGCUUUCUCCAAGACAUGCAAAGCACCACUGCAUUUUUGCGAACUGUUACGAGCACCCAUCAUGAGACGGCUCAGUGUGCCUGGAGGGCCUGGUAGGGCCAUCCUACUCAUCCACAGAGAGCGAGGCCAGUUAUGCUCCCUUUGACUCCUGGCCAUGGAUGGCUGUGGCAUGGUCAGGGAUCAAACUCACGAUCUCCUGAUGAUAGGGUCAAUGUGCCACAUGCCACUCACAAUACUGUCAUCAAUCGGUGAUGGCUAGGGGCAGUAAUCGGACGAUGGUAUAGUCUCACAAGCCUAUUAGGGGGGCAGCUAGGAAGCAUUACAUCCCAGAGAAAUUGCUAUAGUGUGGAUGAUAAGCACCUAGCCAGCUAGCCUACUUAAUUCUAGCUACCAUAACCAGAGAGAAAAAAACACAAUGAAUGGUUGCUGACCUAAGUAGUUACUAUAGCAGCUGAUGGAAUGCCAUGGCAGGUAAAGGCUAUUUAAUCAAAAGCCUACCUUUUACAGCACUAGGGGUAGAUGUCCGGGAUAAAUGAUUAAAGAUUGCGAUUUUCUCAAUGUUCUUUGUCACAUCAAGAAAAUCAAAAAAAGAUUGCAGCAUUGGAUGUUGUUUUCUUUAUCAGGCUAAACUACUUAGCUAGUUUACUUGCAGGUCAGCUAAGUUCCCACAUCUGCAAAAGCAGUAGAUCAGGCAACGAUGUGUUUACUUGUUGCCGUUGAAAGAAAAGCAUUGUUCCUUGCCUUUUUGCAAAGUUUAACUGCAAUGUAUAUGACCAAUGGUGGCAUGCAGACAUGUAAACAUUGCCACAGUCUUAGCGAUCAGCCAAAAUCGUUGAUUAUCAAUGGGCAAAAGAACUCAGCUCUUUAUGUUCAUCCAGUAUUAUAAGAGCACAUGACAAAUUUCAUAGGCAUCAUAGAACUUUUUUCUGUUUAGAAGGCAGAAAUCUGAGGCUUGUCCUCUACAUGAGAGGGCCUAGGCAGACAACUCCACGGUAGCAACUGCUCUGUUCAGAACACAAUUUUCAGAUUUACAUUUAUGGCAUUUGGUAGACGUUCUUACCCAGAGCGAUUUUAAUCAUGUUAGGUAGGUGAAUGCGGUGUUAGGAGUUGUCAGUACAGCAUGCUAUGCUUUGCUGGGGGGAAAUGAACUGUUACCUGCUGCCCUCCAUGUUAUAAUACUUAUAAUAGGAGCCAAUGGGCAGUUGCUUCAGCAUGUGCUUUUCAAGGUUUACUAAAUACAGAGAAACACUUAUUCUGUACAGAGAAAUUAUUGUGUAUGUUAAUCCACCGUAUUCUACAGAUGCAGCACAUAGAAACUAGGUUGAAAAAUGCUGGAGUAUUCUUUUAAGCAUCUCUUAGGUAAGCUUUAGACAAAUGAAUCAACCAUCAUCUGGGCAGGCAGAUAAAAGUGCAUUAAAAUUUCUAAACACAGAAUCACACUCUGUUUCACCCAAAAACUGCAUACAAGUGCAAUUUACUAAGUGCUAUUUAACAGAAAAACAAAAAACAGAUUAGCGAGCAGAGCAGGGAGGAAAGCAAUGGAAAUAAGGGAGCACGUGGGUUCCAUUUCUAUUUCAACUCUAAAUUAUUUUAAUACUAAAGACUCGCCCUGUGAGGUGAAGGUUUUAAAACCGAGCAGAAAAGAGAUUUUCUCAGACCAGUUCUGCGCACUAACUCAUUAAUGACCGCGAGUUCCACAAACUUGAAAGGACUGUAGAUUUUUUUAAUUUUAUUUUCUGGUUUCUAAAAAAUCAGAGAAUUGUAGGGUAGGACUGUAGAACUAAAAAAAAAAAUAAGAGCAAGUAAAGGAGAAUUCGGGCUACAAGCACUUAAAAGGAGAAAGAGAGAGGGGGGUGGGGCGUGGAGAGAGGGGGGUGGGGUGAGGAGAGAGGGAGGGUAUAAAAAAGAGAGAUAGGCCAGAAGGAACGAAACAUUCCGCGUUCAUGUUCAUUUUUUUGUAAGUUUAUAUUGUUAACGCCAUUUAUUAAUAUGGAGAACUUGUUGCAAAAAAAUGUCUUUUAUUUGUACAAAAAG